AUGUCAUCUUUCUUCGAGAAAAUACCAGUCAGUAAAGACAUUUAUCCUAAUCCAAAACAGUGUUGUUACUUGAUACCUAAUGAUGGCAAUGCAAAAAAUAAUAAAACAAAAACCGACAUGGUACAUAGUGAAACCGUUAAAACCGAAGUGGGUGCAAGCGCAAACCAUUUCUGUGCACUCCACGCAUGGCUCUAUCGCACGUACACCGCUAUUAAUCUCGAAUUUUCUUCCAAUACUCCUCGUCCGAGAAUCAUUAUCUACGAUCUUGGUUUAGAUGGAUGGCAAAUUGCACUUCUCAAUUCACUCAAGUCAGCCGGCGUCUUUACCGAAUUGCGCAAAUUCGACUUCUCGAAAUACCCAGAUUUCUGGAACAUAAAAGUCAAUGCCGGAGAAUAUGGCUGGAAAGUGGGCAUUUUGUCGGAAUUGGUUAGAGACUUUCCAGGAAUAUUAGUGUGGCUGGACUCGGGCUCGUUUAUGAGAACACCUUUUUUGCGGAAUAUCGAAAAACUGCUAAAAAAUGAUAAGUGCAUCGCGUCUCCCAAGUCUUCUAGUACUCUCUUCAGAUGGACUCACCCUGGUGUAUACGCUUACUAUGGCGUGCCUCGACCGGAGAAGUUUCGCUACGUUGAUAAUUGUAGCGCAGGGGUGCUGGUUUUCAAUACUCACACAGCUAGUAAACUAUUUGGAGAAUGGCUGGACUGUGCUCUUCACAAGGACUGCAUCGCACCAGAAGGAUCCAGCAGAAAAAAUCAUCGUCAAGAUCAGGCAGCGUUAACGUAUCUUUCUGCUAGAGAAGGAUGUUUUUGUAGGAAGACCCCAAUAGAAUUUAAUGUAAUGAAUCAUAUGGAUCGCAAUUGCGCAGAGAACAUAGUUCGCUUCGAGCAGUUGAAUUCUGUCCCGUGGAAUAUUAGUGAAGGAGAUAGGCUACAAAUGAAAAGGUUUAAAGGCAAACGUAAGGGAUAUUGGUGGAAGAUGGCGUGGGAAGUAAUACCUUGA